AUGUCAUCAAAAUCUUUAUUUCUUGCAGUUUUAUCUGUUUUAUUAUUAAUCCAAUCCAGUGUAUUUGUACUGGGAGCUACAUUCAAUGCCGAGUAUCAAUUACAACUUGUCAAUAAUGUAAGAGCCAAGAAUGGAAGACCACCAUUGAUGCUCAGUCCAUGUCUCCUUAAAAGUGCCCAAUCCCAUGCAGUCUACCAAGCCAGCACCAACACAAUGACUCACAACUCUCCACAUGGUGGUCUUAGUGCUAGAAUGAGUCCAUAUGGAGCUCAAGGUAUUUCUGGAAGUGCAGAGAAUGUAGCUUAUGGUCAAAAGUCGGAUGACGAUGUUAUGAAGUCUUGGGAAAGAUCAAGUGGUCAUCUCAAGAACAUUCUUGGUGAUUACAAGUAUUUCGGUCCAGGAAAAGCUGAAGGUUCACGUCCAUACUGGACUCAACACUUUGCCAAUUACCAAUCAUGUAAUGGAGCAUCGGCAGCUCCAUCCAAUGGUGGUGGUAAUGAUCAACCAAGAAUCCGUACCCCAACAAAGAAAGCUAGUAGCACUUGUGACAAUUAA